AUGGCGCGCUUCUCCUUCCUCCUGCUGGCCUCGACCAUCUCCCUUACCACAACAGCAUCCAGCCUCAAGCGCGAUACUCUCAAGCCCUUUCAGAACGGCCGCUUCGCGCCGUCAAAUAAUGCCUCCACCUCGCUAGCAUACGACAACAAUCUCCUCCCGCGUGGAAGCUACGACGAUGACGACGAUGACGACGAUGUUGGGAGUGGUGGUGGUUCUAAAGAUCACGAUUCAACGACCUCCAUGUCUACGGAGCGGAAAGUGUCUACUACCUCGGAAUACACGACUCACACAAAGGAGCGCACAACGACAUCGGAGAGGAGCACUCGAACGAGAUCAACGGAUACUGAUGGCGCAUCGGAGACUACGGAGACGGAUUCAUCAACCUCAACUUCAACAUCGUCUCGCAGGACGACGACAGAUUUUCCCACGGCGUCGGAUUUCACCCCAGCCCGGAGUUUUGUUCCGGCUCCAGCACCUACCGGUACAGUAUCUCUUUCGGGAGCAAACAAGAAUAGCUUGUCGAGCCUCGAUAUGGGGUUGUUGGUGAUUGUGACUGGAACUGGUUGGUAUUUCGCAUUGUGA